ACAAGUAGUUUAUUUUUUACAGUGCGUGUGGGAGGUUGUUCUCGCUUAUCGCAAAGUUUCGUGUUGAAAGACGUAUUUAAAUAGUUCUUGUGAGAUUUUAAUGCGCCAAUAAAUUAGUUUAAUUGUCAUAUGUGACUGUAAUAAAAAUACAUGUACUUCUGUGUUACUUUCUUUUUGUUUUAAACUUGAAAAAGCGGUGAUAAUGUCUAAAGGACCUGUAGUUUUGUGUUUUACCAUCGUCUUGUUUCUCAAUACAGUUGAUGCCCUAAAAGCGAACUGUAACAAAGAAGAGGGGCUCCAACGCUGUUCCAUGGCAUUACCAGUUCUUAGUUCACCAGAAAUAUCAUUUGCGUUAACAAGAGAAGAGUUGGACAAAAGUUGUGUCGAGCUGAGAGUUGGUAUAAAGUGCAUCGACAACUACACCGAAGUUUGUAUGGAGAAGAAUGAACAGGUGAUGUUUAGACGCAUAUACGCCGGCAUAACUGAUGUGGUACAAGAACUUUGUACACGAGGGAAAUAUCAAGAUGAAUAUUUAAGGCACGCCACAUGCGUGAAGAAAGUCAGGCCAGAGUAUGAAGUGUGCAGUAAAAACUACGAGAGCACGUUGUCUAUGAUCAGCCAUACCCAAAAGAAAGAGCAGUAUCACACAGACAACAGUGUAGCAGCCAGUCAGGAAGAUUAUUUGAGGACAGUAUGUUGUUCAUUUCAAGAGUACUUGGUGUGCUCCGAGCAGACGGUGCUGAGGUCCUGCGGAGAUGAAGCCGCUUUGUUCACGAGCGCGUUCCUCAAACGGAUGGCAUCCAAUAUUAUUAAGAUGAGUACAACAUAUCUGAGAGUCUAGUGAAUAAUUGAGAGACACAGCACCGGGUACACAACUCUUUUGGGCGGGUGAGUAAUUAAAUAUUUCGUCAACAAACCUGCAUCCGUUGAGUUGAGAAUAACUGGCUUGAAUAAUUCAGC